CUCUCCGCCAUGUCUCAGCCAAAACUCUUUACACCCUUCAAGGUCGGAAACGCGGCACUGCAGCACUGCGUCGUGAUGGCUCCACUGACGCGUGUCCGCGCGACCAAGACACACGUCCCGACGCCGCUCAUGGCCGAGUACUACGCGCAGCGCGCGAGCACGACCGGCACGCUCCUCGUCACCGAGGCGACCUUCAUCGCUGCGCAGGCCGGCGGGCUCCGCCACGUCCCCGGCAUCUGGAGCGACGAGCAGGUCGCCGGCUGGAAGCGCGCUACAGACGCUGUCCAUGCGCAGGGGUCGUACGCACACGUGCAGUUGUGGGCCCUCGGCCGCGCGGCCAUCUCAGACAUUCUCCAGGAGGAGGGCGGAUAUCCCUACAUCUCUGCGUCCGACGUGCAGCUGUCGGGCAGGCGCGUCUCACCGUGCCCUUUGACGAAGGAAGAAAUCAAGGAGUACAUCGCGCUCUACAGCGUAGCGGCGCGGAAUGCCGUUCGCGCCGAUAUGUGUGCGCUGAAGCCUUUAGUUACUAUUUGCAGACGACUAACCCGCUGCGCUGCGAGAAAAAAAAGUUUAACUGACAAAUACAUGUAA